CGGCGCAGGGCGUGGCCUGGCGGUGACGCUACGCCCAGAUGUUGUCCCAGGCCGCGCCCCCGAGGGGGUCCGGGCGACUCCGAGCAGCGGUACGGGGAGCGCUCACUCUACUGUCACCGCGCAAUGGAGGGGCUGGGGACGCCGCCGCCUUAUUAUACCACCUUCUGGAGAAAACAGCAUUAAGUCAGACUGCGAGCGAUAAGCUGCCAGUGCCAGGGUCUGCCUGCUCUUCGCGCUCUCUACCGCUGGACUUCAGCGCCUUCGGAUUCAGGGGCAAGCUGGGUGUGAUCGUCACGAGCAAAGUGUGGGCUUGAUGGCUGCUAAGUCAGCCUUUACUUCUACGGAGAGAUCCUAAGAAAUAAAAGAGGGGAAAAUCUGCUAGCAUUAACCUUUUUUUCGAAAAGGGAAAGAGCACUGUUGUAGGUUGGUUGGUUGUUGUUGUCGGUUUUUUUUCUCUUCUGUUUGGAUUUCGUUUUAAACUUAUGAAAGAUGGCAGCAGCAGCAUAUGUGGAUCAUUUUGCAGCAGAGUGCCUUGUUUCCAUGUCCAGUCGUGCUAUUAUCCAUAGCCCCAAAGGGAAGCCUGAUCCCCAACCUGAUGCAGCAAUACCCCCUUCAUCAAAUGAAGAUAAGCGAGAAGUCAGAGAAACGGGGAAAGACAAUGGAUCAUCCUUACUUGUGGUAGCUAGCAUUCUAGCAGAUCUGAACCAGCAUGUCCCAAACUCACCCACUCGGAGGACGGAAAAAACGGACACCUUUGGUAUCACAGAACAAAUACACAUUUCUAUGGCUCCUAAGGAGUUGGAGGAAGAAAGUGUGUCUUCGGCUGGUAAGCGUGGAGGAGGAAGAGCAGCCACACCUACUGGCCUGGCUGCAGUAACUGAGCCAAGCCUCAGACAAAAGAACAAACGCACGAGAAGCUGGACUGACCCUGGAUCACCCCAGAAAAAGCACAAAUGCCACUAUGUGGGGUGUGAAAAAGUUUAUGGCAAAUCUUCCCAUCUUAAAGCUCAUCUAAGGACCCACACAGGUGAACGGCCUUUUGAGUGCAACUGGCAAGGAUGCAACAAGAAGUUUGCUCGCUCGGACGAGCUGGCCCGCCAUUACCGCACCCACACUGGAGAAAAGAAGUUCAGCUGCCCUCUCUGCGAGAAGCGCUUCAUGCGCUCCGACCACCUGACAAAGCACGCCCGGCGCCAUGCCAACUUCCACCCCAGCAUGCUCAAGAGGCGAAGUGGGAGCAGCUCGAGAACAGGCUCUGUCAGUGACUACAGCCGCUCAGAUGCCUCAAGCCCAACAAUCAGCCCCGCCAGCUCCCCAUAGUCCUACCUGCACUGGAUGUCAGCACUUUGCCUCUUAAUACCUAACAUGGAGUUUUGGUUGUGUUGCACACAUGGAAAAAACUCUGUCGCUUCCCCUCCUCAGUUCCCCACCUCCCUUUUUUAAAACAAAAUCAGUAAAGAGCUGCCUCCCACUGCAAUUUCCAGUCAGAUUGUCUUUACCCAACCACAUGAGUGGCUAAUUCUAACCUCAUGGACAGACAGACUUAUGUGAUACUCUUAGUGACUCCUGCUGUCUCAAUAUUUCAUACAUUUUUCAACCAUUUACAGAUCCCUUUGAUUAUUCUUUGUAAGAAAAUGAGAAAAUCUAUAAAAAAGAGAAAGACCCCCACUUAGUUCACCUCAGGUGUCCAAGUAGUUUUGUAAGACCGGAUUGCACAACACGAGCAUACAUACACUUAGAAAUCAACUGUGUUGGAUUGUGUCCCCCUUCUCCUUUCUCAGGGAUGGAUAUUUAUGUUACACAAUAACUACAGUGAAGACACACCCUAACUGCAGCCUUACUCUGCAAAUAUAUUUGCACUCAGAAGCUUCUUUGUUAGGUUCUUUCACACACUGGGGAAAACUUAAAAAAACCAAACAAUACAAACCACAAAGCAGUACUGGAAUGUAGUGCCAGACUCUCCCACUGUUUGUUUGCCUGAUAAUAUACCUGCAUUGGGGAGUGUCCAAACAGCAGUCUUGUCUGUCUUCAAGCUGCCCUUGUGCUCUUUUGUAUCAAGUCGUCUUUUCGCUUCAUGCUGAAGAUGCUCCAAAAGCAACUCCCAAUUGCAAAAAUCUCUGUGAGGUUGACAAACUUGUUUGUUUCAUGCUAGAUAAAAUUCGGAGAAAAAGCAAUUCUAAACAAGAUGCCUUAAGUAAAAAGCCUAAAUCACGAGGAAACAUUUACACUGGGCAACAUUGUAUUCAAGAUGGCAUGGAAGCUCCGAGGUAUUUCGUUGUCACUCUUUCCAAGUUGUUAAGCUACCUGCACUGCCUCUUCAGUAUGGGACCAACAGAAUAUUCAAAUCAAACCACACUGACUUGAACAAUUUUCUCUAUUCCUUUUUUGUUUUCCUUUUCUUGUUAAAUGAACCGUGGAAUUAGCACAGCUGAACCAAUGCCCAGCAAAAGGUUUAUCGAGGUACUUACCUACUGUACAGCUGUAUCCCUGCAAGACAAAUUGGUUAAGACAUAGUUUCUGUGUCCUUCUGCAUCACAGUUGUGGUCACUGAUUGAAGGAAGCAAAGUCGUAAGGUAUCUUCUGACUGGAAAAAUAAAACAGGCAUUUUGCAGUUUAAAAAGAAAGUCAUUUUAGCUGAGCACUGCUACGAGUUUCUCAAAAGUACACCCACCAGCAGGUGUUCUCAUGCUUCAUGGCAAAAAGGGAAUCUUGGCUAGUUUUCACAUAUUUGACACUAGAAGGUAGAUUUGUGGUUCAUAUGGUAGAAAUCAUAGCAAAAUACCAGGAGCAUUGUGACAUACUGGAGACCUUGCUGGCAGCAAAUACACUUUCCUUGGUUCAGCUGGGUCUGAUGGUGCGUGUUACGAAUUCAGGUCCUUUUGAUUCUGGAAUUUUGGGGGUUUUCUUGUUUUUUCUGUAAGGUAUAAGUGCAGUUAAGUGUAGCAUGUUACAAAGAAACUCUCUGUGCCAAACCUGCCGUUUGAUAGCAAGUGAAUGCCUCCAGAUUCCAAAUGAACAUGCAUCCUACUUGCUGCUUUUCAUCGAUCCAAUAUUGCAAGUCUUUCUUGUACUGUAUAUUAACUGUGAGAAGCUAAUAUACAUUUCCUAGUAGUUUCAUAGGUACUUCCAGAAUAUUUACAUUAUUCCCAAUACUAUGCAUUCUAUUAGUUCUAUGGAUAAAUACUCUAAGACAGUUCAAAGUGCAGGUAAUUUCAGCAUUUUUUCAUUUUCUCCAGAUUUUCACCUCUAUAGAGAGAACCGUUCUUCCCUUUUGAAAUGGAAGUCAUGAGGCACAAUUCUACUGUUUCAUUUCACAGAUAUGAAGGAACUUUGUAAGCUUUUUAUGAGACCACAAAUAUUGUUGUUUGUGUGAUGAGCUUCCUAACCACUCUGAAUUGAGAGAAAGCUAGAUCUGUGCCUCCACAGAUUUCCUUUUUUCCUUUUUUUUCCCCUUUGUUGGUUU